AUGAUACAAUUUAAAGUGUCUGCCCCAGGAAAAAUAAUUCUUUUUGGAGAACAUGCUGUGGUAUAUGGAAAAACAGCUGUUGCAGCUAGUAUAGAUUUACGUACAGUUCUGAAUUUCACUGAACUACCUGAAACAGAACAGAUUAUUAAGAUAUGUUUUCCUAAAGUAAAUUCAUUUAUUAAUGUAUCUUUGCAACAAAUACAACAUUUUUUUCUUACUAACAGUGAUAUAGAAUUCGUGGAAAAUUAUGAAAUGUUUUAUAAUAAAGUAAAAGAAUUUGUUUCCAUUACUAGUUAUGCGAAUUUACAACAAAAAUUAAGUCUAGAGGCAUUUUUUUAUCUUUUCAUUUACAUUACGCAGAAAGAAGAGAUCGAAGUAAAACCAUUUCAAGUUCAAUUAAAUACAGAACUGGGAAUUGGUUCUGGACUUGGUAGUUCUAGUUCCUUUGCUGUUUGUCUUGCUACGUGUUUUCUAUAUUGGUCGCGUUUGCAAAAGGGUAUUUACGAAAUAUUAGAUUUUUCUACCUUAGAUACUAUCUCAAAAUACGCUCUAAAUUGUGAGAGAAUUAUGCACGGAAAUCCAUCUGGAAUAGACAAUUCUGUCUGUACAUAUGGAUCGAUAAUAGAAUUCAAAAAGGGUGAUUAUGUAAAGACAAUAAGUAAUGUGCACACUCUGAAAAUUUUAUUGGUAGAUACAAGAGUGAAUAGAAGCACAAAAGCCUUAGUUGAAAGAUUAUUAGAAUUAAAGCAUAGAUAUCCAGUUAUUAUCGAUCUGAUUAUGAAUUCUAUAGAUAAUAUAUCCAAAGAGGCAAUUAAAAUUAUUGAAAAGUUGAAAACAGUUUCCAUUGAUGAUGAAUAUUUUUUUGAGGCAUAUAAGCAGUUAAUGGUAAGUAUUUUAUUGCUUUUUACAGAGUAAUGUUUCAUUCGUGGAGUUAAAAGAUUAG